AUGACACCGUCGUGGAAACAGCGACCAGGGCGAGAGCAACCAAGACCUAGAUGGGGGCAAACAGAUCAAAGGAUUAAAAUUCCUAAAUGCCCAAAUUCUUCCCCUCGGCAACCUCUGCCCUCUUACCGACUCCGAAGGCCCCCCGCAGACUUUGGGCCUUUAGAAAGCUUAAUGAUGGGCGUGUGUCAUUGGAAAGAAACUGAAGUACCCACGGCGAGUGGCUACCAUGCCAGGCAUGGAGAAUCAAGCCCAGUGCGGCCAAGAAUCGUGACCGUGGUACGGCCGUGCGGAAAGGACAGUCUGCGUAAAAUCUCUCUGCUAUUAAACCGCCGUGCGGUGCAGACCUUUGAGCAGCUAAUGGCAGAUGUUUCUGAAGCACUUGGCUUCCCUUGCUGGAACAAUGCUCGGAUACAGCGCCUCUUCACCCCUGCUGGCCGAGAGAUCCACAGUCUUUCUGACUUCUUCUACUUUGACCAUGCCUUCCUGGCCUUUGGAAACAGCCGACCAUCACUUGAUGAGGUCUAUGCAGCACUGGAUGAGUUAUAUCCUGAAAACCCUGACUACUGUGAACGUCUACUCAGGAUAUGGGAGCGUAUCCUGAGACCCAAGGCCACCAAGGCAGAUAGUGGUUUCCAUGAUGAAGACCCUGGGGCUGAGUUGUCCCUACCCGCUGUAACUGAUCAGCAGGUAAACCGACUAGCAGCCAACAACUUGCAGCCUGUCGAAUUGCAAGGAAGGCAAAGAGAAAGGGCUAAGAGAGAAAGACAGAGAGGAGAAAGAGAGCCGUGGAGAAGGAAAGGUGAGCUGCAAAAAGAAGACGAGAAGGAGCCAAAGAAGGACGAGAGAAAGAAAGAAUCUGUUUACUGCAGGAACUGUCGAGGAUGUGGCCCACUUUUACCUCCAAUCAGAAGCAAACUAACAGCAGACAAGCAUGUUGCCAACCCAAACUCUAACCUGUAUAACACUCAGAAUAUGGAGAGAAUAAUUGAGACACCAGCUCAGCAGGACAUUAAUAAGCAGGAAGCAGCAGAAGAGAGGGUCUUGCAGGGUAAUCUACCACCUGAUGGUGCUGAAGUGUCUCUGGAGGACAUUGAGCAUUGCUACGACAUGGGCCGUGAGGUAGGAGAUGGGAACUUUGCAGUGGUAAAGGAGUGUCGUGUUCGUGGCCUGGCUGAAGUUUUUGCUAUGAAAAUUGUGGACAAUGCUAAGCUGCAGGGACGCGGUCACAUGAUCCAGAAUGAGAUUGCUCUGUUACGCAGUCUGAAACAUCCUCGCCUCAUCCAGCUGUUUCGUUCACAUCACACAGACAUUCAUGUUUACCUGCUAAUGGAGCUGGUCACCGGUGGAGACUUGUUUGAUGCUAUCUCUCAGAGCGGCAGGUUUAGUGAGCCAAGUGCUGCAUGCAUGAUCAGGGACAUCAGUCAGGCUCUGCAGUAUAUCCACAACAAGAGCAUUGCACACAGAGACAUCAAACCUGAAAACCUACUGGUCCAGCGCCAUGACAAUGGCAAUUUGAAUCUGAAGUUGGCUGAUUUUGGAUUAGCCAUGAUAAUAACAGAGCCAGUUUUCACAGUUUGUGGCACACCUACAUAUGUUGCUCCAGAGAUACUUGCUGAGACAGGUUAUGGUGUUGAAGUAGACGUUUGGGCAAUGGGUGUUAUCCUCUUUGUGCUGCUGAGUGGGUUUCCCCCAUUCCGCAGUCCAGAUCGCAAUCAAGAUGAACUGUUCUGUCUCAUCCAGAGGGGAGAGGUCCACUUUCUGUCCCCUUACUGGGACAAUGUGUCUGAGGCGGCUAAAGCUCUUGUCAGGGCUCUGCUGGAGGUAAACCCUACAAGGCGCUUGACAGCUAGUCAAACGCUGCAGCAUGACUGGCUUCAACAUGUAAUAGCACAGAAAGACCGUAAGGGGGCGACAAAGACUACUGACUCAACAACUGAGAGACCCAAUCAGCAGACACUAAGUAGACCAGAGGAAAGUGGCAAAAAUCAGAGGGACACUCACAAACCAGAAAUGGUGGCAGAGAAAUGUAAUGCAGCACAAAUCAAUGAGAACAAAAUGAACAAUAAAUAUGAACCAGAUAUUAAUGCACAAGACAGAAACCAGCAGACUCAAGACAGACAUAAAAUCUCAAGUGACAAACAAAAAUUCUUCCCACAAAGAAGGCACCACCAUGACCGGGCAAUAUCCCACAGAUCAGCCCAAACCUGAGAGACCAGCACAACGAGAAGACACUGGAACAAAACAAGAGUGACCUGUUAAAUAAUGAGUGAGCAAGAGGAGUGACCUGCAGAGUAAUGAGUUAGCAAGAAGGAUAGUGAAGUUCGAAGACGCCAGCAUAAACAAGAAAGUAUAAAACACACAGUAGACAACAUUUAGUCCUUCUUGCUCUCUCAAAUCUUCACAGAAACACCACAGAACUGAUACAGUCUCAGAUUGCUCUGUUUUUGACCUGAUCGCUAAUUAAAUUAUCCAAAGCAUUUCAGACCUCCAGUGAAGAAACUACUAUCAGGAGACUUUUCAUUUGUUCUUAAAGAACUGCAGUUUUAGGCCACAUCCACACUAAUCCAUUUUCGGUUGACUCCGUUUUUAAUAUUAUCAUUUUCCAAAAUAUGUGGUAAUUGAGAGCAGUUUUCAAACACUCCAUUUUUGGAGGAGAAAAAUGCUAUACUAGUGUGGAUGAGAGGCGUAAACGUAGCGAAUUUAAUGCGUUUUCAAACUAAAACGUGUUAGUGUGGAUGUGGCCUUACUCGGAUGGAGGACAAUUAAUGUUUGUUCAUUGUUUUAUAUGUGUCCAGCCUCUGAACAAUUAUUCUGCAUAUAAUUAAUCUGCACUUCUUUUUUGCCUUUGUUAUUUUUAAAGACCACAUAAAACGUUAAAAUAAGGAAGAAUGAGUUCAGUUCUAAGAAGGAUGAAAAUAUAUCGGUCAGACUCGGCCUCUGUAACUUGAGUGCCAAUUGUGUGCAGAAAGUUAGCCAGCCAGUUUUGUUAUUUGGGUAGACUAGAUUACAAUAGACU